AUGGACCAUGAGCGAAUGGAAGACCGGGGAAUGGGGGGCAUUCACCAUCGAUAUGAGGAGGAGGACCAGCAGAACAUCUACAUCGGUGUCCCGGUGCCUCGUGGGUACAGACGGAAGCGCCGGCGAAGACGUUCUGCAGGGGGCCAUGAGGCGGGGAACAUGGAGAGGGGGGACAGUCACUAUGACCAACACAAACAACAUGACCACGAGCAUGAUGACAGGGACAGUUACAGAGACAUAGACAUUGAGGAGGGACUCGUGGACCAGCACGACAUCCAAGUCCCUCAAGACAUCAACCGCACAGUGUCCCCUGCAGCGGAGCGUCUCCGCUAUAUCCUGGGAGAGGAUGAUGACAUGCCCAACCCCACCCUCUUCACUGAGAUGGACACGCUGCAGCAGGACGGGGACGAGCUGGAGUGGAAAGAGUCUGCUAGGUGGGUGAAGUUUGAGGAGAAGGUAGAGGACGGAGGGGAGAGGUGGAGCAAGCCCCAUGUGUCCACCUUGUCCCUGCACAGUCUGUUUGAGCUCAGGACCUGUCUACAGACCGGCACUGUGGUGCUGGAUCUAGAGGGAUACUCACUGCCUCAGAUAGUUGAUGAAAUCAUUGAGCGGCAGAUAGACGAGGGCAUGUUGUCUCCUGACCUGAGAGAGAAGAUCAGCUUUGUCCUCCUGAGGAAGCACAGGCACCAGACCAAAAAGCCCAUCCACCGCUCUCUGGCUGACAUGGGCAAGGCCAGCGGUGGUGGUGCCCCUCGUAGUCCAGGGGCAGCGGCCGCAUUCAACCGAUCCACAGAGGACCUACGCAUGAAAUCAGGAGGCUAUGGUCGUCUGCGUCAUGCCCAUAGUAGGAGUAUGAAUGACAUUGCAGACACUCUGAGCACAGACCAGCUAAGGAAUAAGUUCAUGAAAAAGAUACCUAGAGAUGCUGAGGCAUCAAAUGUGCUAGUGGGUGAGGUGGACUUCCUGGAUAAACCCUUUGUAGCCUUUGUCCGCCUGGCACAGGCCACCACUCUGGGAGGACUUACAGAGGUUCCUGUGCCCACCAGAUUCCUGUUUAUUCUGUUGGGGCCCACAGGAAAAGCCAAGUCCUAUAAUCAGAUCGGUCGAGCCAUAGCUACUCUAAUGGUGGAUGACCUCUUUAGUGAUGUGGCGUACAAGGCUAGAGAUCGAGAAGAUCUGAUUGCAGGUAUAGAUGAGUUCUUGGAUGAGGUGAUUGUGCUGCCGCCCGGCGAGUGGGACCCCAAAAUCCGUAUCGAGCCACCUAAGAAGGUGCCCACGGCUGACAAGAGGAAGUCGGUGCACUCUCUGAAUGAGCUGGGUCAGCCGAACGGUACGGCGGGAGGAAGUGGAGGCCACGGUGAGGAUGAGGAGAUGCCAGUGGCUCACGAACUGGGAGAGGAGCUGGCACACACAGGGAGGUUCUGCGGAGGUCUGUUCCUGGACAUGAAGAGAAAGCUGCCCUGGUUUCCUAGUGACUUCUACGAAGGCUUCCAUAUCCAGUCCAUCUCUGCAGUCCUCUUCAUCUACCUGGGCUGCAUAACCAAUGCCAUCACCUUUGGAGGCCUGCUGGGGGAUGCCACAGACAACUAUCAGGGUGUGAUGGAGAGUUUCCUGGGCACAGCGUUGUCAGGAACAGUGUUCUGUAUGUUUAGUGGUCAGCCCCUCAUCAUCCUUAGCUCCACUGGACCCAUCCUCAUCUUCGAGAAACUGCUCUUCGAAUUCAGCAAGAACAAUGGUAUAGACUACAUGGAGCUGCGUCUGUGGAUAGGGAUCCACUCCUGUAUCCAGUGCUUCCUCCUGGUCGCCACGGACGCCAGCUACAUCAUCAAGUACAUGACCCGCUUCACAGAGGAGGGCUUCUCCAGCCUCAUCUCCUUCAUCUUCAUCUCUGACGCCAUCAAGAAGAUGAUGGGCUCCUUCAAGUACUAUCCCAUCAACACCGACUUCAAGCCAGACUACGUCACUGCCUACAAGUGCGAGUGCCUGGCCCCAGACCCCAUGCCAGUGCCAACUGAUAACACCUCUAGUCUCUUUGGAUUGAACAUCACAGACCUGGACUGGAGCCAGCUCAGUAAGAAGGAGUGUGUGAAGUACGGAGGCUCUCUGGUGGGCAACACCUGUAAGUACGUCCCUGACCUGGCCCUCAUGUCCUUCAUCCUGUUCUUCGGGACCUACUCCAUGACCGUCUCCCUCAAGAAGUUCAAGUUUAGCCGCUACUUUCCUACCAAGCUGCGGAAGCUCAUCAGUGACUUCUCCAUCUUCAUGGCCAUUAUGACCUUUGUGGGUCUGGACAGGUUAAUCGGGCUCAAAACCCCCAAGCUCAUUGUCCCCACAGAGUUUAAGCCCACACGUCCCGACCGGGGUUGGAUAGUGCUGCCGUUUGGGAAGAACCCAUGGUGGGUGUAUUUGGCCAGCUUCGUCCCUGCUCUCCUGGUCACCAUCCUCAUCUUCAUGGACCAGCAGAUCAGUGCUGUCAUUGUCAACCGGAAGGAGAACAAACUGAGGAAAGGGUGUGGCUACCACCUGGACCUGUUCUGGGUGGGGGUGCUGAUGGCUGUGUGCUCCUUCUUGGGCCUGCCCUGGUAUGUGGCUGCCACUGUCAUCUCCAUCGCACACAUCGACUCGCUGAAGAUGGAAAGUGAGUCCAGCGCCCCUGGAGAGCAGCCUCAGUUCCUUGGUGUCAGGGAGCAGAGACUGACAGGGAUUCUGGUGUUUGUUCUCACUGGAGUCUCCAUCUUCCUGGCUCCUGUUCUACAGUUCAUACCCAUGCCAGUACUUUACGGUGUGUUUCUCUACAUGGGCGUAGCAUCUCUCAGCGGCAUUCAGUUCUGGGAGAGGAUCAAGUUGUACAUGAUGCCGUCCAAGUACCAGCCUGACUUCCCUUUCCUGCGUCACGUGCCUCUGAGGAGGGUCCACCUCUUCACCCUGGUCCAGAUCAUCUGUCUGGCUGUCCUUUGGGUUCUCAAGUCCACCGUUCUGGCCAUCCUCUUCCCUGUCAUGAUCCUGGGGUUGCUGGUGGUGCGUAAGAUGCUGGACAUGGUGUUCUCUCAACACGACCUGGCCUGGAUAGAUGAUAUCCUGCCUGGGAAAGACAAGAAGAAGGAUAAGAAGAAGAAGGGCGAUAAAGAUGACACGAAGAAGAAAGACAAGAAGAAAGGGAGAGCAGACGACAGCAAAGACAAGGAGAAGUACCACGCUUACUCCAACUGCUCGCCCAGCUCUGAGUCUGACCUGGACCGCAGCAUCACCCUGCAUCUGAAGAUCUCCUGUCCCUCGUCCCCGACGGUCCCUAUGGCCCACGGCCGUGGCAUGGCCUUCCCCGUGCCCCAGGUGAAGAUCGAGAUGGAGUCGGACUAG